AUGGCGGCGCGGGGCCAGUGCCCCGAGUGCGGCUCGGGGUCGCUGGUGGAGGACGCGCACUACGCGCAGCAGCAGCUGGUCUGUGCCGCCUGCGGCUGCGUCCUGUCCGAGGGGCUCCUCACCACCACCUACACCGACGAGGAGCAUCUGCGGGAGGUCGCCUAUUCCCAGAGCACCGGCCAGAAGGAGCAGCUGAGCCGCUGCCUGCAGCGAGGGAUCCGGCGGGUCCAGGACCUCUGCAAGGUGCUCAAGCUGCCAGCAGCCUUUGAGGAAACGGCUGUGUCCUACUUCCAGAGGGCCCUGGAGCUCCCUGCCUUCCACCUGGUCAGCCUGGAGAAGAAGGAGCUGCUGGGGGGCUGCUGUGUGCUGGUGACGUGCCGGCAGCGCCGCUGGCCGCUCACCAUGGGCACCGUGUGCUCCCUGCUCUAUGCCAAGCAGGAGCUCUUUGCCAGCGUCUUCCUGAGCCUGCAGAGGGAGCUGGGGCUCUCUGUGCCCGCCCUGAGCCUGGCAGACCUGGUGACAACACACCUGAGCAGCUUCCGGCUGGUCCAGCCCAACGCCAACAUCCCUGCGCCCUUCCUGGAGGACAAGGAGCAGCUGGUGGCCCGGACCAUGGCCAUUGUGGAGCUGGCCAGUGACACGUGGCUGGUGACCGGCCGGCACCCGGUGCCCGUGGUCACGGCCGCGGCGUUCCUGGCCUGGCAGUCGCUGCGGCCCGGCCCGCGCCUCUCGUGCCCCCUGGCACGGUUCUGCCGCCUGGCAGGGGUGGAGCUGCCCCCUCCAGCCCAGCUGAGGCUGAAGGAGCUGCUGGAGAUCCUGCUGGCCAUGGCCUCCCAGCUCUCCUGGCUGCGUGGAUUCUGCCUGGACAAGAAGACGGUGGUGAAGCACAUCGGGGACCUGCUGCAGCACCGGCUGUUCCUGCUGAAACGCGCCUUCAGCCAGCAGGACACGGGCCUGGGCAUGAGCUCUGUGAGCCAGGAGUGCCAGGGCUCUGCGAGCCAGGGGUGCCAGGGCUCUGGCCUCCCCAGCUCUCCUGCGGUGCCACAGCAGCAGGGCUGUCCCUGGGCAGGGCAGCAGCAGCAGAGGGGCACCCUGAGGCCCCUGCUGCCCCCCUGCCUCCUCCACCCCAGGAAGAGGCUGCGGGCGGCGGCUCCGAGCGCUGCGAGCGCGGCCCUGACGGGCGACGAGCCCAUCUCAGACAGCGAGAUCGAGCAGUACCUGAGGAGCCCCGAGGAGAUCCGAGCCUUCAGGAGGGCCAAGGCUUGGUCCUGAAGGUUGCUGUGACCCAGAGGGACAAUUUGGGGACCAGAAGUGUGAAGCCCACCAGGGACAGAGUGAUUGUGCUGCAGGGACAGGGAAUGAGGCUGUGGGGAGGGAGCAGGCUGUGUCCUCCUUAAUGUGCUGGGGCUUUUUAUGGAGUGACUGCUUCAGGUCAUGUUACAUUUCUGUUGUAAGUAAAUAAAAGCACAAAAGGUGCCAGGUUUUUCCA